AUGGAUAAACAGCAGGUUCCCCCGUCAUACGGACUAUUCCUGCUGGGGAAAAAACAGAAAAGGCAGAUGCAGGAUAGCGUCAGUGAAUUAUCGCAGUCGAACGCUUCUUCUAAAGACUCUGAGGCCCCGGGGAUUAGUUAUCGGAACCCUGCUCUGACCCAGGGCGGAGACGCAAAGGCUCGAGGUUAUCAUGAAGAAAAACACAACAAUCUUCUCAAUGAGGUCCGUAGUCAGCUUAGUGACCUUAGGGAUCUUCUCUCUUCAUCAAAGGGCUCUGAGUUCCACGAAGCCAGUGCCGAGUCCUCAGAUCUACGAAUUACAGAUGAACAGCUUGCGCAAAUGGCACCAGGAGAACGAGCAUUGUUCUUACAACGACUACCCGAUUUGCAAAAUGAGCUCUUUUCUGAAGGCAUAUCUUCCUCUAUGUCCGUGGGGGAUGCUGUAGAUGGAGCCGUUCCUGGCAAGAGAUUUCAGCCGCCGGCGCCGAUUGCAAGACAAGCUAUGCCGACUCCGACUACAACUGCUGCUGCAAAGACAGCCCAAGCAGAUGCUCUGCCACUCCAAGCAUCAAAAGGUGCGCCCCCUCGUGUAACCCGUUUACAGGCAGGGACGCCCAAUCAAAGCCAGCUAGGAAAGGGUUAUAUGUCUUCAGCUUCAACCAGGACGCCUGCCAGCUCGAGCUUUGCAGCUGGAGAUGAUUCUAGACGCUCUGCAACUGAACAGCCACGAGUAGUCUCAAUACAACGAGCAAACUUGGAGGUAGAUAACACCGCAAGCAUACCCCAUGAUAUAGAAACUAGCGUCGAGUCUGACUUUUCAACGUCAGACAUCACAGAUGUCAUAGAAGCAAAUGUAGUCUUGCCACCGCGGCUUCCACAACUCGCACCGGCCAUGAACCAGAGAUCCACUUCAAGCAAGCGUGCAAAGACCCCUAGUGAACCGCGCACAGUAAUUCAACGCGUCAAGCCAGAAAUAGACGAUAUUGUUUUGCCUCCUCCCGAGUCUAACGCACCUUGCGACAGCGAAGUUGAUCCUGAUGAAUAUGAUGCUACUUUGACUGUUCAUAGGAGGCCUCAAAGCGCUGGAGGUGGAUUAACUGGUAGCAAUAAAGAUAACUCUUAUAAUUCUGCGUAUGCAAAGUCUUCUUUUCAGGCGCAGAAUAGGCUUGAUGACUCCGAUCAUUCUGACUUAAAUAUUCUUUCCUCUAACGCUACUUUACUAUACACAAAGCAGCCACGGGCAGCUCCUAAGGGUACACCAGCAGCAAUCUAUAAUAAAAAUAUGGCGGCACCACUCGGUCAGGACUAUACCAAUGAAUCCUAUGAUAAUGGAGUGACGUCGGAGGCAAAUCACGGAACUGGUUUGCGUUCCAAUGCUGGAAGAGGUGUGUUGAGAUCACCACGUAAUGAGCGACAAGCUAGUAGAACACGCAGCACGAGGCAGCAGAGUAAUUCUAGCCCCGGCUCCUUUGAUGAUGACAUUGUUAACAGUGUGCAUGCAGCUGCAAGCAAUUUUGUUAGACUACCGAAACAAUCGAAGCAAGCGCUUACUUUGCCUGAGGAUUCUGAACCGAUGUUAGCAGAUAUUAUGACAAUCCCUGAAAGUACUGUGCUCUAUAAUCCAAGGCAGCAUGCCUCUGCGUUCGGGAAACAUUCGGCAGAUGCAGGGGAUCGGCCGUUUGCCGGGCGCAAACCUCGUGGCUCAAUGCCCGGAGGGGUAGAUGAUGGGGCGUCAUAUGAACACUAUGAUGAUGCAUAUGGACAUACAAAUGUUUUGUCUAUACAACGUGAGCCGUUACUGAGGUCAAAGCCACAGAAGGAUAUCGGGAAAGAUGUGAGCAAUGCUUCGAAACAUGCUAACACCAGUAUGCCAGGCAGUAGCGGUUAUUAUGGCGAAGACAUAAGUGUCGAAGAUGAUAUUCAAGAAACAAAAUUGUUUAUUUCAGCUGCCGAUGCGGGUCGCUCACGCUUGGUUUCUGACAAGUCCAUUGGAGAAAAGAAGCAUAAGCGACAGCACCAAGGACCAAAUCAUACUAUUGUCACGCAACUGGCUCAAUACGAAACGAAGUCGCGUGAACAGAUGAUGCAGUAUGAGUCUGACGAGGAUCACAGUUCGUCGGAUCCCGAGGUGACUAUUUCGAAGUUAGUGUAUCCUAAACUUACUCCUGCAGAACAGGAGAAGCUGCGCCGUCUGGCGGAGGUGCGCUCAAAACAGCCAAAGGCUCACAUCCCAGAUGUGCAUGUCUAUGGUAGGCCUAAGGGCAACGAAUUAGAGUUAGAGGAUGUGGAUCCUCUGAAGCAAAAGGAUGCUGCACCUGCCACUGCUUCAACUACUAAUGUCGAUAGCUCUUAUUUGUAUUCUAAUGUAACACCUUAUUAUCAAUAUAAACGGCAGUUGACAAAAAGUAUUUCACAAGGCCUUAUGAAGGCUAAGGAUAUGAAGAAUAGUGUCAGCGACGAUACGCCUGCGCAAGAAGUGACCCAAUUUGUCAACAGCAAGUACGUGGAGAUGGCACGUGCAGUUGGAAUGACUGACCCAAGCCUUCUGCAAGGUGAUGUUGCAAAGAGCUACGUUAAAGGCGCCCCAUUAAGCAAUGCACUUCAUAUUCGCUCAGAUAUGACCUUGGGCGAUAUAGCACGCUCUGGACGGAAAUUUGUCGUAGCACGUAAAGAAGAAGCCACUCCAGCAGAUCUGUCACGAGCUACAGCAACGGGGCGAGACGGAUACGCCCAGAAGGAUGACUCAUCCGAUAGUGAGCCGCAAUAUGAAGAUAUGACCAUUCUCCCCGCAGCAGAACCGUACUACGGUCUUCCACAACCGGACUUUGAGUCGUUCAAUCAUUCAAUACAGUCAAUGCGGCAGUCUCUCCUUAUGAGAUCUAGUAACACACAAUCAACUUCUCUGACAGAAAACCAAUUGGAUGAUAGAAUUACGCGAGCUAAGGAAGCCAUCAGAGCGGCGGAGAGGCAAAAUGGGCUUUCUCCCAGUGUAUUGACCACUGGCUCCUUGUCUACCAACUGGGCGCAAGCCGCUUCUCCUACAACGUAUAUGCCCCAAGUUAUCUCUCCUGCGGCACACCCGCGUGUUCGGCCUACAUCUAGAUCUCAUCCCCCAAUUCCUGAGCCACCACUUCCUGGCUCUCUUUCCGAAGGAGGGCAAAUCUCGCAGGCUACUGUUCAGCGCAUGAAUACUAUGUCCGACAUGGUUAUGCCAGAUAGAACUACAAGCGCUAGUAGUACUAGUAGUGGAGCGAGUGGAACCCUUAUGCAACAACUGCAGAAGUAUGGUACGAUUGAUCCUAAAGUGGGAGUGCAGAGUGCAUCAGGCAUUCCGCGAUCCAAUAAGGCUCAGGUGACACCCAGAACGCCGGGAGCUGCUUCCCAAAAUAGCCGCGGCUCUCGGCCUGGACAGCCUCAAUCUUCCGGCCGCCCAGGAUCUAUGUCCGGUCCAAGGCCUAGUAAACGUAUGUAUUUACAGGCACCGACCCAGGACCCAGAUAACGUGGUGGAGGCCGUUGCCCUAGCCGAAUAUAUACUAGCACAGAGUCGGGUAUCCAUUGAUGGAUCUGAUUGUCCAAAUAAUAUGUUAGCCAUUUUGUCUGAUCUAGAGUUGCCCAGUAGUCAGCAAUUGAGGAACCUAAAGGGUGUACUCAACACUGUUAGAGAACUGAAUGUUUCAUAUGACUACAAACUAAAUGCACCAUUCCAGACGUGUUGCCAGCAAUCUGUAGAAGUCAGCAGCCUAUCAAGAGCCCCAUUGAAACCUCCAUCAUCAGACUGCCCCUACUUGUAUUGUACAACGAAUUACCAGUUAUGUAACGCUAUCAACAUUCCUGAUGUAGCUAAAGAUUAUAGUGCAACAAUUGAUAUGAUUGCACACGAUGCUCCCCCGGUGCAUACUGCUCAGCACGACAUUGUCCUUGGCUGUUCUUCUUUUCCAGCUGAACCAAUACCAAACAGAAGUGGCUCGGUUAUGAAGCUUGACCUUACUCUUCCUAGUAUAAGCAUCCAGUUACAACCGUCCGUUUUAGAGAACGAGGAAACAUCUCUUACCAGCAGUAGCGACACCGAUGUAGAGUUUGCUGCGCCGGAAUACAUGCUUAGAUCCCAGAUGUUAACUAGGACACCGUCUCAUACUCUGAUUGCUGAUACCCGCACGUUGGAACUGGACCGUCUCUCCUGUGCGUUAAGAGAAUGUCAGCCUUGUACACGACCGUUACUUUUAGAAACACAGGUUAACGCCAUAUGGAACUUUUCAAACGACGCCUUUUCUGACACAUUGAUAGAUAACAGUGACAGCAUUAUUGAGGCAUGGCCGGCUCCAACUUUCUUUCUUACAGAUCUUAGAAUUAAACACAUGCAGGCUAUCCCUGUUACAACACAACCAGAACGAAACAAUCUUGGUAGCCUAACUCAUAAUAGAAGAAGCUCGCUUCAAUACUACAAAAACGCACAACUUCUUCUUUACGGGUUUGUUCCGGAUGAGUCAAGAGGAGUAAGCAUUUUGCAAAGCUGGCAACAGAAAGUAGAUCUUGCUAAUUCUGCAACAUCUUUGGUAGCACCGGACUUAACACAGGAGGAGGAAGAUACAGUCAAUCUUCGUAAUUGUGAACAGCCCUCUAUUGAAGGGGGGAUUGAUCACUUGGCACCUCAGACUUCUGUAUCAAAAGAUUCUUUCUUAGGAGAUAUCCGCCACCUACCUAAUAGUUCACCAGUCCCAGAUGUGCAGCUGGACAACCUCACAUCCUCCUGUAUACAAUGUGAGCUCAGCGCCUCUAAUGGUGAGAGUAUUGAUGUGGAUAUGCUCACUACUACUUCAGUGAUGCACAAUUUAGCUAAAUCGACUGUUCGUCCAAUUGUAGCUGACUCAAAUGAAGUGGACAUUUCACUAGUUGAGACAUUACGGCCACCGAUAGAGAUUGAGACACAGCUCGCACAUCCUUUUAGGCUACCUAGGGAACUGACACUGCAACAAGAUACUCUAAGUAGUAGUUGCGCCAACUCACCAAGGGAAGAGAUAUGUGUGACUACUACAGAGAUGCAAAUACCACAAGUUGUAGACCAAUCACAUCGUAAGGAGUCUGCGAGUGAGCCCACCCUCACUAUGCCGUUUGCCAUCUCUACGAUACCACUAUACACUAUGAAUCCAGCAAAAACUGAAGCUACUAGGCACCUUUAUGGUCAUCCACACUGGCAAUUUCCUGAUGAUUCUGUCGUCUUUCAGGCCCCUAAACAGUAUGCCAAUCGUGAGUUUGCAAUUCAGAACAACAUCAAUCAAUCUGAUGAUAUCUUUGAGGCCAGCGUUGAGGCAGAGUUGACACUUAAGUAUGUACAGCAAAGUUUGGACUCUGCUUGCUUGAAUAUGGUAUCAGUACCCGCUGAUCCUUAUUUGCUCUUUCGACAACCCAUAGCUACAUGUACUGCAGCAAAGGAAUAUGUCUCUAAAGAAAUCCAUAGAACAUGCACAGAUGAAGCUAUCACUGCAAUACCCAUUUACAGCAUUAACAAAACAAGAGCACAUAUCAUAAGAGUAACGUCUGGGCAGAGGGAUUUAGUUACUGCUGGUGAGAAAAGCAUAACCUACUUAACAAGAGCGAUUGACGCAGAACUUAUCAGGCAUGAUGAUGACCAACAGUGCUUCGAGAUAGAUCUUCCAUUUAUUAGGAAAGCAAGAUCAAACUUCUCUCAUGGUGUAGUAGAUAAUUUACACUCAGAUGUGAUUGCUAUGCAUGAUGUAAUUGUUAAAGCACAGCCAUCAAAGACUAAUAUUCAUGAGCCAAGCGAUAAUAGCUAUGGUCCUAUUCAUGCAUUGUCAAAGCUGGAGGUUGUGCAUGACAACUUCAACACCUGUAAUCUAACAAGAUCUAAAUCAGCGUAUGUAGAACUAUCACGACACGUAUGUACAAAGGAAGUAAUCAACCCACGUAUUGAUUGUCCAAGGAGUCUAGAUGGGAUAAGCAUACGAAGUUCAUCAGUGAGCCGCAGCUAUACUCAUAAUUCAGACUAUCCUAACAUAAGAAUCACAAGAUUGGGCAACAGAGACCCGAAACUCUGUGAUUCUAUUGCACCGGUAAGCACCUUGAAUACCCAGAAAUCCUACAUGUUAAAGGCAUUGAACGAUGUGGAUGAGACUUGUCUUGAAAUUACUGUCCCGAAAAGAGCGUACCAUAAAGAUGCUACUCCACCUAUCGAGCAGCAUAUGCUGAGCAACUAUACUAGAAUCAUGAGUCAACCUACUAUGAAUCUUCCUAAAGAAUCUAAGGGAUCAUCUCCUCAGGAAGGGCGUGCCAUGCCUUUGUAUACCUUAGAAUGCCAAAAUACUUCAAUAGAGCAGUCAGUCACUCGUGCUACUUCUAUCAAUGAUCAGCGCUCUAACAAUCAUGACUACACUACAUCAAUGUACAAAGAUUGUAUUGGGAUCGAGGAUUGCACUAUAGAAAAAGAAAGUAUUAUGUUAAAUCUUAGGACACGUUCAGAGCUAAUACCACUAACGAAUCGAGAGCCAUCUGGGACACCUUAUUCUGAUCCAGUAGAUGACGAUGGCGUGCAAUCAUAUGUACACGCUAUCCAGCAAGAUAAUGUAAUCUCUAGUGACUCCAUCAAGCCACAUACGAAACAGCCAUUUGAAGACUUACAUGAAGCGUCGUCAGAUGCUCCGUUAGCGAAGCUUCACACGUGGAUAGGCCCUGCUUUUAAGCUACCAACCAACACCCAGAAGAGCGGGGCAUCUCUCACUGAGGCUUCGGCCAACAACUCCUAUACAAGCUUUUUGUCAGUAGAAGGACCUUCUCUCCCACUACGCUUUGAUUUCAGCAAACCAGACUACACUGUAUCGAUAGCCACUUUAGAUGAAACAUUGGAAAACACGCACACAGGUAAGGCUUCUACAAUUCUGAAGUAUACUAAUUUCGACACUCCAUCAACUAUACCAUCUACACUAUUAGCUAAUGAGAUGACCUUUCAGACCCCAGAGGCAAUGGCUGAAAGAGCUAGUACUAAUCUUCUACUAUAUCCGCAACAAACUCUUCUAUUAAGAGAACCUUUGACCGAACAGGAGCCUGGAGAUGCUGGGUCAGUUAUUAGAACCAAUCUUCUCUCAAGUCCAAUAGAAUCAGAACCCCAACAACUAUAUCCACAAUCCAACUUUUAUAUUAAGCAGACCACAGACCCUUUAAAUGAAUCGGUUAUUGCACAAGAAUGCAAAAAGACAGACUUUGUGCGUAGCUAUGUAAAGAUAAAGCCUAUACAUCAAGAGAUUGUCGAAGAUGAAGAGGUCGUUCCGCUAUCUGUUGCUACACGGCACGGCAAGCAACAUAUAGCCAAAGCCUUUACAAGUAUCGGACAAAAUUCCAGACCAGUCUUAUCCCAACCCUCAACCAGUGUGGGUACUGGUUCAGUACCUCUAUCAGCAUCGGUAUCGUCUUCGGUUUCUGAGCUUCUUGGCCAGAUCAAUACCGCUAUAGCCGUUUCUAAAGACACAAUGGCGCGGACGGUUUCAUCACAGGAUAAGCCUCCUGUCUUUAUAGUGGCUUCUUCAGAAUCAGGCAUAGAGCUUCCCACCAUUCUAGAACACGGCCUGCCCCAGCCCUCAGUUGAUGCAGAAAGAAAUCAAUCUAUAUCAGAGCCUAAAGAUGUGAAGCAAUCGAUUUCUAUUAUACAAUCAGAACGUCAAAUAAACACAAAAACGGCCAAGACUACAUCAAUAGAACCAGUUGCUGUGCCAAACAGUGACGCAGCUUUGCCCCCUCCUUUUCCCCAAUCAUAUAAGGCUGCCGUUAUCGACCGUGCUAUAGAGACACGUGGACCCUACCUAUUAAAGAAAACCACAGCUGAGAAAAAUACAUUGGCCAAAGAGGUCGCAUACAGCAUACGGCGUCUUCCACCUAAUACCUCUGAAGAACCCUCUUCUGGCUCCACGCACGUUAUCCAAGAAGAACCUAUUAUUGAUGCAUCACCUUCUAGUGAGUUAAACAGUCUGCAACGUGAUCCUAAGUAUAGCCACUCUUCUAGGAUGAGACCAAUCACCAGUCAUAGUAACAGUGCAGUUUGUCCUGACUUGGCAGCAAGUGUACCCAAUGGUGACUGUCCUCCUAAGCGUACACAUGGUUUACAACAAACGCCUGAUACAUGUCCAGAACAUCUUUCCGCUAUCUUACAGGCGUUACAGAGCCUUGUUGACAUAUCCAGGAACAAUAUGCUCUUUGCCCAGGCCUGUAACGACUCCCAGAAGCAUGCUAUUGAUCCUCUAUUGUGGCAGGAGUACGUUAAGCAGCUGGAAUUCCUAACCACCUCAAUCAAGUUGUCAUCGGAGACGGUCUUAGACUUAAAGAUAGCGUUUCAAACGCUAAACGAUAAGCUUGUUGACCAAUUAACUUCAGAUAUUAAGAGUGACCUUUUAGUCAGUGGCCAAGCAACCCCUGAUAUAACCUCCGCCACGAAGGAUGACACCCCAUCCCUACCAUCUGUUGUACCUGCUUCGGAAGAACCUAGGAGUCCACUUACAGCGGGUGCAAAAGCGGAGCUGGACUAUCAGUCUGCACCAUCUGCACCACUGGACCGCCUAGAAGAACUGCAAAGGUUAUACAGAGAGCUAUCUGCAAGCAAGGACGUAAUAGAUAAGUACGCACACAUACUCAACAGCCCAACUGGCUCCACUAACCCUGCCAGCCGUACCUCGAGUGUCUCAGCACCAAGCAAUAUUGACGAGCCAUUCCAGUUUACUAGGCCCAUCUCAGAGUCUGGUAUGAACAAGCUUAAUGACUAUAAGCCUGCCUCUAGAGAAAGUUUAGAAGAUGCCCCAAACCAUCCUAUGUGGCACGAGCCCGUGCAGAACAUAGCACCUUUGAAAAAUGCUACACCAAAGCCACAGAGCCUUUCCGCUCCUGUUCCUCUAAAGCCGAAAAGAGAAAUCUGUUUACCAGUUAUGAGUACCAAUCUCAUAGCAAAGAUAAAAAGAGAAGCAAAGCGGAGGAAAGAGAUAUCAGAAGAUGCAUUAGUGCGCAGUCGCACUCUUGGUCCCUACCUACGCCAGAUCACAUACACAGAGAGCUCAAUAGCAAACCACAUAACAUUUGCUGUCUUCAAUGAUAUCAUGGACUCGAUCACCACUGAAUGCGUUGAAUCAAUCAAGAAACUCAUGGGGCUUAAUUAG